AUGGUGCACCGUGCCCCUAAUACGUUGACAGUAAUCGACAAGAAGAAGCAUGGAAAGAAGAGACGCAUUAUAAGUCAGGGAUUUUCUGAUUUUGCACUUAAAAAGCAUGAGAUUGUGAUACUUGAGCAAGUACAGCACUUGUGUACGCAGUUGAGAAUGGGAUUGAACGGAGAACAAAUGCCCAUCGGUUCCUGGUCCCCCCCAAAGGAUAUGGCACGGCUCAACGACUACUUUGCUUUCGAUGUGAUGAGCAAUAUUAUUUUUGGAGUCCCUUGGUCGACCCUGCGAAGCCCGACAUAUCGUUUCAUUCCAGAAGUCAUUGAGAAGUCAAAUGUCCGUGUUGGGACUCUGGCACAAGCUCCUGAGAUAAGUUUCUUGAGGUUUGAUAAAAUUGCUUUCCCCGAAGCCAUUCACGCUAGGGAUAAAUUUGUUCGAUUUGUAGACGAGAUGCUCAGUCAGGGAAUUAAACACGCCUCUAAAACUGGAUGCGGUGUUUUUGCAAUUUUGUCCAGGUCAAAGGAUCCUGAGACUGGUGAACCUUUGAAAAUGAGAGAGCUAGGCGGGGAAAGCGCAACUCUCAUUGUGGCGGGCACAGACACAACAUCUACCGCCCUAGCAUCAUGUUUCUUCUACUUAUCUCACAACCAAUCCUCGUAUGAUCGUGCUACUGCAGAGGUUCGAACUGUCUUUGGGUCAUCUGAGGAUAUUAAAAUGGGGCCAAUGAUGAACAAAUGUGUCUUUCUACGUGCUUGCAUCGACGAAAGCAUGCGGAUGUCCCCUCCUGCAGCCAGCUCCCUAUGGCGUGAAUCUGAGGAAACCGGUGCGGUUGUAGAUGGCGAAUAUAUACCCCCGGGUGUAGAUGUAGGAACUUGCAUCUACAGUAUUCAUCAUAACCCUCAAUACUACCCUCGCCCUUUCAGCUUCCAGCCAGAACGCUGGCUUGGUACUAACAAGCACGAAGACAUGGCAGAUGUACGCCUAGCACGAUCUGCUUUUAACCCAUUCUCCAUUGGUCCCCGGAGCUGUAUCGGCAAAAGUCUUGCCUAUGUUGAGCUUCAACUUUUGCUAGCUCAUAUCCUAUGGAGAUUUGAUAUUCGCUUGGCUCCAGGGGAGCUUGGUAAGGUAGGGGAAGGUAAGCAUGGAUCUGAGUUUGGGCGUCACCGGGUUGAUGAAUAUCAAUUAUGGGAUCAUCUAACGGCCGCAAAACAUGGACCCUUUAUUCAAUUAUGUCCGAGGGUGUAA